AAUAAUAGUCAGGUCAUAUAGGUGAGGUUGUCUUGAAAACAAUGAUACCAACACGUGAUGGUAAAGAUCUUUAAGUGGUUUAUACAGGCAGAAUGCAAAUGAGUCCAAAACCGACAAAAGAGCCCCAAACUGGAGGUGUGACUGAGCAUCAGGCUCAUCUGGAGAAACCCUUCAAUCACUCAGCUAUACCUCACUCCUGCGUCACGUGGUGCGCCUCUGACUGGGUGGUGGGCGUGUCUUAAACAGUAGGGUUUCAUUCAUAAAUACUUUUAGCUUUAAAAUCCACAUUAAAGUGUUCACAGAAGAGUUUCCUGUCAUUGGCUUCGCCCCUCCACUCCUGCAUGGACCCGGCCAGAUCAUUAGCCAUGAAGCACUGCUGUCCUGUUGCUUGCAGGCCAGUAGGCCAGCCCUGAGGAAGGGAACGCUGCUCAGGCUCAGUUGGCGGCUGCUUGGUGCUGCUGAGGUGGAUGAGAAUGCAGCAAGGGAGCUGAGGAGGAGACUCCUGAGUCCACAGCCUGACACACACAUCCAGAGCUGCUGCUGCUGCGCACAGCCCUCCAUCAGGGGGGACUCUCUAGUUGGCCUGGACCAUGAGCAAUGAGUCUACAGUCUGGAACAUCCUACCAGAAAACUCCACAGAGAUCCCACUCGAGGCAGAGGAGCAGCAAGAUGGCUAUGUGCUCCUCCUGGUGAUCCUCUCCAUCUUCCUGGUAGGAACGUUGAUCUUCAUCUCCGUCUUUCUCAUCGUCUGCCACCGCUGCUGCCGGGGAGGGCAAUGCUGUGCCAGGGCCAGCGAUGACCCAGAGAAAACCAACACCACCUACGUGGAGGAGUCUCAGCCCACCCAUGAAAUCACCAUCAGGGUGGAUGAGUCAGAGUGCCUGUCAAUGGCCAGCUCUCACGACCAGGAGACUGAGCGCUUCCUCUCCACGGGCACCACAGGCCGCCGCGUCUCCUUCAACGAGGCUGCGCUCUUCGAUCAUGGCAAGAAGGCCCAGGAGAAGGGCCGCAGGUACACUCUGACCGAAGGCGACUUCCACCACCUGAAGAACGCCCGGCUCACCCACCUCCACAUCCCUCCCCCGGCCCUCAAAAUUGUCACUAUCCACGAGUGUGACUCGGCCGAGAACAGCAUCACGAUGACAACGCGCCCUGUCGCUAAAUCAGCACUUUCCAUCUUCCAGCCGAUGCUGUGCCCCCUACCACAAACAGCCCUGACCAGCCUGACUGUCAAUCCCAGCUGUGCCCUUCCUGGAGAUGCUCUCAACUCUGUGGUGGAUACCAGCUUCAGUGAGAACACUAUUGCUCUCAACACGAAAGAGCCAAGUCCCAGCUCUAUCGAGAUGAUGGGAGCGGGGCCCCGGGGCAGAGGCAGCAGUGUCAGUAUUGGUGAAGGGGCCGCGGUGAGGAGCGGUGGUGCCCCUUAUCCCGGCAGCGGUGCAGGAAGCCAGGGGCCCGUGCUGCAGUUCUUUACUAAACUGCGGCGCCAUGCUAGUCUGGAGGGGGCCAGUCCUUACUUCAAGAUCAAGAAAUGGAAGUUGGACAGCAGCCAGAGAGCCUCCAGCCUGGACACCAGAGGCUCUCCAAAGAGGAGACAGUUUCAGCGCCAGCGAGCCGCCAGCGAGAGCAUGGACCAGGACGACAACGAUGCGCACCACAUAGACCUCAUCCAGUACAUCGCACGCACCCAAGACAUCACCUACCGCCCCAGCCACCCCACCACACGUCUCCUCUCCCCUCCUUCCACACCACCCCCCUCCCUCGGCAGGUGUAUGUUUGCAAAUGAAAAUAAACGCAUUUCCUGGGAGCCGGUAGAGGUAGAGGUGAUGGUGGAGCCCAGCUGCAGCCACAGAGAACCGGGGGUGAUUGGCCUGUCCCCUGAUCCCCAAGAUGAAGCACUUUCCCUGGCAAGAAGAGAAGGUGCAGACCCUUUGGAACCCCUAGAUCCCCAAGAUCCCCAGUCACUUUACAAAGACAUCUGGACCCUUCGUGCGACACUGGAACAAUACGCCGCCUCUGACCAGAGCAGCAACAAUGACAGGAACUCUGUCUGCAGUGAUGCUGAAAGUGUGUGUUCGCUGGGCGGGCGCACUGAGACAGAAAGAGGAGGGCUCCCCAGCUACCCGUCCCAGGAGUUAGGGGACGAGGGAGAGGGUGUAGAAGAAGAUAAAGACAUUUCGAUGUAUAUGCAGGAAAGGUUGGGGGUGAAGGAAGGAAGAAGGAGGAAACAGGAAAGCACAGAAUCAGAGCGAGGGGGCAGCGACGGAGAAAGUGGGACUCGUAAAUUGCUGCAGAUGGACAGCGGAUAUGCAUCGAUAGAGGCUCCGUCCCGUGGUCCAGAAGACCUGCGAUUGUUCGGAAGCAUGAGCGGCAGCCCGAAGGACAGAACAGCCCAUGAAAAAAGGCACCACUUCACCAACGCGGGGCGAACUGGCACAAUCGGUGAGAGCUUUGAGUCUCAUCUCUUUGAGGAGGAGCCGGAGGAUGAGUUGUUGUUGGGUGCCAGUGGAGGAGUUUCCAUAGAAACAGGUGCUGGUUCACUGAGCUGGUUCCCAUAUGGUCAGAUGCUCACACCUCGAGAGGCUGUGCAGCCUUCACCUCAACCGCCAACGCUGCACCGGAGAGACUACAGCAUAGACGAGAAGACAGACGCCCUCUUCCAUGAGUUUCUCCGCCACGACCCUCAGUUCGACCUGCAGGAUUCGCCGCUAAGGAAGCACCGCUCCCGAAUCCACCUUCGCAAGCAGUGGCAGCGCCACAAGCAGUGGAGCGACCCAGGUGUUAGACACUUCCAAUCCUCUUUUGACAGACAGCGGACCCCGCUACGGAGGGGUGAGAGUGUGAACUACCCACUGGACUCAAGCUACCACAGCACACUCCCCCGCAUCGUCAGUGCUCCUGACGAGGAGACCAGCGACGGGACCGGCAGCACUCCUGACACUCCAAAAGUAGAGCCUACAACUUCUGAGAGUGGAGGCAAGGACAGGGAACAAAGUGUCACUGCCAGAGACACUGAGGACAUCACCUCCUCUUCUCCACCUCCUCUUCAUCCCUCCGUCUCAGAGAAAGAUGGAGGGCUGGGUGAGCACCACGACCCUCAGGAGGACAGCAAGCAAUCUAGGCUUCCGGCGGAGCCCCCGGACGAGCGCUCGCCCCCCCAGCUGCCCGACACCUCAGGCUACGGCCCGCAGACCAUCACUGCAGAGCUCACAGACAAACUGACUGCUAACCUGGAUGAGAGGCUGUACAUGGGCCUUCGCAGGACCAAGGACACGGCCACCGAGUGUGUGACGGUGACGGCCACACACGCUUCUCCAGACCACAGCCCAGUGUAGCAGGGCUCCAGUCGUCCUCCUCGUCAACCUCACUCCUGCUGAUACACACUUUUCUUUCGGUUGUAUUUGUCUCGCCUCAGUCUAAAUGUCUGUCUGUGUACAGCUUGAAUGGUUUGAUCCAAACCCCUAAACACACAAUGGGAAGUAUGCUUUAAAUCCUCGUACAUACAGCUGAUCCACUAUAAAAUGCAGCCAGUCUCUUGUCAUGCCUGUUAACAUUACAAAGCUGUUCAAUGUUGCCAUUUCACUUUUCCAUUGAUAAAAAUAGUUAUAAUUCAAAUACAAAUACACAAACAGAGCUAACAUAUCAAAAGUAAUAUAGUUUUAGUAAUAAUUGUUUCCUCUUUACUUCUUUCUGCGUCUGUUGUCUAUUUCUGUGUCAUCUGCUGUCAUUCCUGUCUCUGCUCUGUGUGAAUUAGUGAAGCUGAGGGCCAAUAUGGACUCUGUACUUGUUGAUCCACUGUGAAACCAGGUGCUAUUAGACAAGUAGAAAGUUACAGAUCUGGACGCAACAGCUAGUCCCAGGAUCAUGCAUAAGUGGAAUAAAGUAGUUUUCUCACUAUUUAUGAGCUACAGAAUUAUUUAUAAUGUUAUUAUUGAUCUAUCAAAGCUACAUGAGGCAUGCUUAAGUUGAGAUCAGUAGUUCCCAACCUGUGGGGGUUCCAAGAUUUCCAUGUUUUUUUUUUAUUUGUUUGGUUUUGUUCAAAGCCACCAGUAGUGAAGGAUGACUCUGUAGGCGCCAUUUUCAGUCAAUGUGGAAGCUUUAAUAAUGAUUGCUACGAGUAGUUAUGGUUUGAUUGAUGAAAUAUGUUGAUAUUCGACUUCUGAUGUACAACAACCUGUACAGCUAUGUCAGUCUCAUCCAGGCUUUUUGCCAUUUUUGUGGCAAUUUUUCUGUCGCCAUUUCUCAUGGAAGUAGCUAGGUAGGUAGGUAGCUAGCCAAGCAGAAAGUUGAUGUCCCCAUGUUUCUCCAAUCUACGGAGACUGCCUCAAAAUCAAGCACUGUCUAAGGAAGAAGUUUAGCAACUUAUUCAGAUUAGGGAAAAUGAAUUCCCAUGCAUGUUGCUCACAGUAAUCACAUUCGUCCACAGUUAUUCUGUGCAAGGUCUUUCCCUAUCUGACCUCUGUAAAAUAUAUCUGUAUAUGAAUGCAGAACCUGUAGGCAACGGUCCAAGAUUUUAUUAUCGGAAGCGUUUUAGUUUCCAUUGUAGUCCGAGCAGUAUUGACCAAUCAUGUUUGAGCAAGAAAUGCAAUAUCUGAACCCAUCGGCUAUCAUCUGAGAAAGCUUUUUAUUCGCUUUUUAAAAUAUGCAUCUGCAUUCAUAUGCAGAGCAACAAUCCGGCUGUCUCCAUGUUCAUCUCAUGUUUCUAACCAAUCUGAAAGCAAUGACCAGUGCUUGGAAGUCUUAUCCUGAAUAUCCAUUACCCGUUAUCCAGAUAUCCACUGGCUACAUGGAAAUCUAAAAAGAACUGCAUACAUUAUUGUGGACAAGGUCCCAUUCAUUCCUAUGAAAGUAGGUCAGUGGUUCAUCAAGCUAAAAUGUUUGACUUCCGUGUAAAAUAUGCCCCAGAGAGGACACUAGAGUACCUUAAACCCCGCCCCCCAACCACUCAUUCACAUUAGCUAAGGAAAAUAUUAGUUAAACAAAAUAUUAAUAUUCUUCUAGUAAUUAGUUUUACAACUUUAAGGACGUAAUGCUUUAAAAUUAGGGCUGUUUGAGUGUUCAUACUGGGAACUUGAUGGUCCUCAAAAAAUGACUUUCACAAUGUAAGUCUAUGUAAGUAUUUAUGGGCACCAAACCAAAAAUAGGACCCAGAAGUUAUAAUUCCACAUUUGGCCACUAUGUCAGAAUGGCUUCAAAGCCCAUUGCUGCCCCCGGUGGCUACACCAGGAACAGCACUGUUUUAAGGGAAACAGGCCAAAAAGGUUGGGAACUAUUGGUUUAAGUUGACAGUUGAAAAAGGCGAGAAAAGUUUCUCACAUCAAGUGUUCUUCUGAAAAGUAAGAUAUCAUUUUAUUGUCCACAUCAUCUUUGUGUCUGACUGGGUAUGAUGUUUGUUGUUUUUGACUGAAAAUGCUUCUCAGCAAUGUGACAACUGUGUUGUUUAUUUUUUAUGAGUUUGUUUAAUGAGCUGUAAUAUAUUUUUGUAUGUCUGCAUUGCUUAAAUGACAAUGAAAAGUGAGAGUGUGGCAGGUUUGAAGAGGACAGGCAGCCACGAGCACUCUGGUGUGAUGACUCUUCAUCAGUCGCAGAUAUGACAGUAAUCUCCAUAAGCUAUGACUCUCAGUACUCUGGGCAUCAGUGACACGACCUCUGUCCUAACAGGGAAAACAAACUCAGUCUUGUGCACAGGUUUACAGCCAGGAGGUGGGCAGUUACAUUAAAGCUAUGAGACAACAUGGCUGCCCUCACAGAUGUUUGGUGUUUAUUGAAUUUAUAAGAAAGGCAUGCUUUCUUGUGCAUGGGGCUCACAGAACAGGCUUUAUUUGUCCGCAUCUGACAUUUUUGUUUUCCCCUUCUCUUCCUCUUCUUCUCCUGAGAAAGUUGACAGGGCAGUAGAUGCGUGCCUCUGGGGAGUGCCGAGGACUUCACUUCCUGUCGGCUUAUAAAACCAAACCGAACAAAGAUUCUGUUUGUUAGGCCCACUUUUUUUCUUUUCUCUUAUUUGGCUUCCUCUCCGCGAUUUAAAUGAACUGCUACUGCCAUUGAAAUUAACCUUUGACCACUGAUUAUGACCUGUGGCAAAGAAUGCAAGAAUUAUGUCGUGUUUAUGUUAAAAGAAAUCUAUUUUUGCUGACAGAUCUCUGCUUUUACAUCCCCAGCAGUAGUGGCAGGCUGAUUGUAACCCAGUUAUGCUCAUAACAUCUCCUUCUCAGAGGGGCUGUUGGGCUUUCCGUCUCUCCCACGUGCAGUGAGGGGAGCCACUGCAGAAGAUGGUGUUGAAUAUUAAUCAUAACAAGAGAAGGAUUUCCGCCUUUCAUCCCCUGCCUCUCUUCCCUUGUUCUUUGAGGCGCUUGCCAUGCAGUAAAUUGAAAUCACUGAAUAGAAAAUCAGGGGGAAAAAAACAUUAUCUCGCUCUCUUUCUUUGGGUGUGAUGAUGAUGCUCUUCUCCAGCCAGCCCAGAUUAGAUCUGUCUCUGCUGCGUGACAGGAGUCUCCUCUUGUGGUUAAGUGCAGAAGCUCCUCAGUAGGGGAGAGAUGACUCAGAUGGAAGGAGGUGAACUUUUUAUUAAUGAAUAGGGAGGGUUGUGUUUUUUUUUUUUUUGCACUCCUUUCUUUUCAUGUAAGCCCCCCUCUCACACAAGCAUUAUGUCAUCAAGAAAAAAACACAAUGUGCUCUGGUGCAGUUUUGUGCAAUCAAACAGCAUUAUUUUAAUGACGCGCUAAUCAGCAGAAAGAAAAUUAAAUCCCCCUCUUAGUUAAAAUGGAACUGAUGUGUCCCUGAUGAUAAUAGUUACUCAGCAAAUUCUGACAUGGCUUGGAUAAAAGAGGAAGACAUCUGUAUCUUAGUGCUGAGUCAGGACAGCAGCAAUUGAAAUAAAAUGGCCAUAAGGGUUUAAUUUUGUGUACAAAGAUUAAACUUUGCUGUGUAUACAAGCACAAUGUCACAGGAGCUAGACUAAGUGGAUGUCCUUUAUUAGGUUUAGACAACUGCUGUAUAACUGGGGACACUGUGGUAAAUGGUGUUUGUAUACUAACCAGUAGCCUGUCAAAUGCAUUGAUGCAUAGCUGUGUGUAGGUCUGCAUGAGAAUUAACAUUUUAGUACAAAUCUUCAUGUUUUCUCAGACUUACAAAAUGACCCAUAGUUUACUGCUCAUUUGUUAAAGGCAGAAGUCGAAACAUUGGUAUGACUAGAGAUUUUGUACUUUUAAGAGUCAUGCUAGGAUGCUGUAACUGAUGAGAUUUUGUGAGAGAUUUAUCUCUUUGAAAGUAUUUCUGUAUUCCUUGCUUGUUAGUAAACCGCUUAAUUUCUCAAAGAAAAAAAAAUGGACAAGCUUUCUUAACAACUUUGCUUUUGUUGAUCUAAGUCUGUUGAGCCUUGAGGGACCAAGUUAAAAAAAGUGUUAUUUUAGGGUUGUUUUCCAAUCUGUGAAUAAAUGAAUGAAGCAAAGGUG